AUGGGCAAUGUUGGACAAAAAAUUCUAGGUGACUUAUUAGGCAAGGAUGUGCAUUGCUAUAUCGAAAAUUUGGUAAUAGCAACAGAUACCAUUGAAGAAAAUAUAAAACUAGUAAAGAAACGUUCUAAGGAGACUGAGGAAGACACACGGUGGGAGAGUCGAAUCAACAGUGUUGAGGUUGUAAGAUUCCAGGCUGCAAAAGUGAGAGAUGCUCUUUUAGAGGUGAGAGCAAGCACUGCAGAUCCAGCUAUUAAAAUUGAAGCACAAGCCUUAGCAGAAGAGGUGGGAUCAUACCGGUUCUCUAUUUGUACGGUGGUGUGGUAUGAUAUCCUUAGAAAAGUUCAAACUGUGAAUAAACUUCUGCAAUCACAAUGCAUGCAUCUGGAUGUAGCUGUUGACAUUCUCAAGAAGGCUGAAACCUCCCUUGUUAGCUACAGAGACACUGGGUUUGCUGAUGCCCAGACAUCUGUCAAAGAGAUAUGUGAGGAGAUGAAUGUGGAAGCUGCUCUAAAGCAGAAAAGACUCAGAACUACUAAAAGGCAGUUUUCCUAUGAGGCCCCUGAUGAACCUAUUACCGAUGCCUUGAAAAAAAAUGGAAUUUUCAUUUUUCAAUGUAGUUGUGGAUAUGGCCAUUGA